AUGGGAGACCCAAUUGCCGACUUGGGCCUUACGUGCCCCGAAUCCGGCAAAUUCUACAUCUGCAAAGACAAGCCGAAUCGCUUCGUGGGAUGCUGCACCGUCGAUCCAUGCUCAACAAACGACGGCCUCUGUCCUGAUACUGCUGUCCGGCCCGCAUCGUUCGAUCCCGAUGCUUACGACCAGAUUCUGGCGCAGCAAUGUGCGGAUCCUGGCUUCCUCUGGUACACUUGUCGCGACUCUUCGCCGCCAUUCAUGGGAUGUUGCUCCCAGAUGGGAUGUGAGGAUCACGGCUGUCCGGUAAACAAGGUCGGAGUGGCGACUCUGAGCAGCAAUGCGAAACAAGCAGCUCCUUUCUUAUCAUCAGACGCCUCGUCAUCGAUAUCAAGCUCUUCGACAACAUCUUCAACCUCCUCGACAGCAACAUCAACGGCCAGCAGUGCUGUGUCAACGACACUAAGCACCGCUACGAACACGAGUCAAAGCACCGCGCCACAGCAGAGCACUCAAACUUCGGCAGAUCCACCUUCAGCGAAUGAAGGACUGGGCAAAGGUGCCAUCGCAGGCAUUGCAGUGGGAGCAGUGGCGGGAGUCUGCAUACUGGUCUUGGUUGCCUUUUGGGCUCUGAAGCGACGGAACAACAAGAAGCAGCCUCAGUAUGCCUUCGCGGCUGGCGGCAGCGGCAAAGACUCACUGACCGAGCAUCGAGAUCGCGCAGCACCGCCGUUGCUAGGACGCCGAGGUAAGGGUGCUGCUGUGGAACAGAUGGCGGAGCUGCCUCAAUCACCGCCUCUCAAGUCUCCAGCUAUCUCGGAGCUGCCUGCUACGCCGUCGCAGCAGAGCAUCAGCUCCGGUACAACACCAGCCACUCGACAUAUCGUGUCCAUGAUGAGCUCCGAAGGUCCAGUGGGCAGAGAGAGCGCAAUUUCCGGCUCUUCCGCCCCAACGCAACUGACACCGCAUCUGAAGCAGGAACCAUCAUCAGUGAUUCAUCAGUCAACGCUGUUUGAGCUCGAGGACUCGUCGAGCCGCGCACUUAUGGGGAGAUCGCAGUGA